CGUGGGGGCUUUCUAAGGGAAACUGGCAUGUAUUCACGUUCAAAAACUCGAAAAUAAAACACCAGCCCACCCGCUUGCAGUUAUCCGAGCAGAUUCUUGAAGAAAUAUGAUGAUGAAUGUACAAUUUAAUAAGAUGUAAUAUAAGAUGACCAAUGUAUGAUUUUAAUGUACAAUUUUCCUUCAAGUAAUUUUAUUUGAUUGAGAUUUUAAAGCUUGCACUUUUUCAUAUAUUUUGUGUUUCAUUUCUUUUCACUGUGGGUCGGGAAAGUACCUUAAACCACCAUUUAAACGAUUCCUUUUCGUCGUUCGAAAGUCGACUGCUAAAUCUGAAGAUGAACUGAAACGAAUGAGGCAACGAUGCGAACUUUCCUUAGCUGGUUCCCUCCAUUGUAUGCGAGAUAUGUAGAAUGUUUUCCAAGCCAUCUUUCAACAGCUGAUAUAUUUUUUAACUGUAACGGAGAUCAAAGUUUAUAUGACCAUGGCCGCCUAUAGAGUUGUGCGAUGUUUAUCAAUUAACUUUUCAAGAACUUUGCAUAAACUUCCGUCACAUCAUGUUUCAAGACCCAAACAGGCAGCAUCUUUAAGAAUAUGCAAUCUAAGUGCAAGGAAACAUCGUUGUCUUUUUACAUCUUCAGCACAUUAUGGUCAAAUAGUUUCUUUCAAUUUAUCAGAUAUUGGAGAAGGAAUAUCAGAAGUUACUCUAAAAGAAUGGUAUAUAAAGGAAGGUGACAAAGUCAAUCAAUUUGAUAGCAUAUGUGAAGUUCAAAGUGACAAAGCAUCUGUAACAAUAACUAGUCGUUAUGAUGGUUACAUAAGAAAAAUUUAUUAUGAAGUGGAUGAUAUUGCCAAAGUUGGUUUCCCUCUUGUUGAUAUAGAGCUUCUUGAAGAAGACAGCUCCAGUUCUGAAGAGCAAGUCGAUCAAGUUCAAGAUCAACUAGCUGCUCCAGCUGGUUCCGAAGCUGACUUUUCAAUUAUUUCAAAUAAAGUUCUCACUACACCGGCAGUUAGGCGAAUUGCUAGUGAGCACAAUGUAAAACUGAGUGAAGUGAAAGGAAGUGGAAAAGAUGGUCGUAUUCUGAAGGAAGAUAUAUAUGCAUACUUAGAACAACUUAAAUUAAAGCAGGCAAAUGCUCCUUUUAAAGAACCACACCAGGUUGCUCCUCCCAAACCAGUUCCCAAAGAAUCCGCAAAGAAAAUUGUAGAAACUCAAGUGCCAAUUCUUAAAGAUAAAACUGAACUCAUUAAAGGAUAUAAAAAGACCAUGGUUAAAACUAUGACCAGAUCUCUUUCUGUACCAAGUUUUUGUUACUGUGAUGAAAUAGAUGUCACAGAUUUAGUGCUCAUGAGAGAAUCUCUAAAAACUAUAGCAGAAGAAAGAAAUAUAAAAUUUUCAUAUAUGCCAUUUUUUAUCAAAGCCCUAUCUUUAUCAUUAUCAGAAUAUCCUGUCUUGAAUUCUUCGGUAGAUGAGAAAUGCGAGAACAUUAUCUACAAAGCUUCACAUAAUAUAGGUAUAGCAAUGGAUACAAGUGCAGGUCUUAUAGUACCAAACAUAAAAAAUGUACAGAACCUCACUAUUUUACAAAUUGCAUCAGAAUUAAACAGGCUUCAAGAUUUGGGACGCAGAGAAGCUUUAGGACAGAGUGAUGUGACUGGAGGCACAUUUUCUCUCUCUAAUAUUGGUGCUAUUGGUGGAACAUAUGCAAAACCAGUUAUUCUUCUUCCUGAAGUUGCUAUUGGUGCUAUUGGUAAAAUUCAGGCUCUUCCUAGGUUUGAUAAAGAAGACAGACUAGUUAAGAAGCAUAUCAUGCAAAUCAGUUGGACAGCUGAUCACAGAGUGAUAGAUGGAGCCACAAUGUGUCGUUUUUCAAAUUUGUGGAAGUCAUAUCUGGAAAAUCCAAUGACUAUGCUUAUGCAUAUGAGAUGAAUUAUAACAUCACAUUUACAGUUAUCUCUUAUUGAACUGGAAAAGAACUUUGAUAUGUUUUAUUAAAAGGGAAACGAGCAUAAGCAAGUAAGCAUAAUGCACGUGCUUUAACUUUUGUUACUGUUUUGCUGUUUAAGAAUAAGAAGAAUUAUUUUUAUAAUGUUGUAAAGUUUUUCUGCUACAAUGAGAAAUGCUAAACUAAAGGUAGCACUAAUCACAAUCUUUGGUAUGCUUUCAUUUAAAUAUCCUUUAUAUAUUUUUAACACAAAGAUUUUUUUUUUUUUUUUUUUUUUUGGAUAUUAGAAAAGUAUUCUCUAAUUUAAAAUCUUCUUAGCAAAAUUUUUUAAAGAAAUUAUAUAAAAUCAACCCCCUUUAAAAGGAUAUCCUUAAAAAAAAAAGUUCUAGAUAGAGUACAUUUUUUAAAUAAUUUUUGUCAUAUAAACUUUGCUUCCUCAACUUCUCCAUCCCAUUUAUUUUCUAUUUAAUGCACAAAUACUGUGGCCUAUGUAAAUGUCUAUUUUUGAUGUGAGGUUUAAACUUUUUGAAGUAUGAUUCUUGAAAGCAUGUAUAUUUUGUUGAUUAGUUAAUAGAUUUAAGUAGUCAAUAAUUUAUUUAGUUUUUUUUUUACUGUGUAUCAUACAUAAUCUUCUGUGAUACAAUCCUCUAUUUUUUCUCAUUGUGUAGUAAAGGAGAGAGAGUUAUUCAUUCAAACAUAAACCUCUUCAGUACUGUAAUAUAUAAAUUUAAUUAAUUGUAAGAGACUGAAGAGAAAUUUUGAUGUGCCAUUCUGCAGAACCUGAAUUGUAAAUGUGCAGUGUGUGAGAAUGUAUUUUUGUAAUAAGUAUGCUGAUUAAGCAUACUUAGGUGAGCAUUUAUAAUUAUAUGUAAAAUGUUUUGCUAUAGUCAUGUGUAUUGAGAUAAUAAUUAUCACAGACUGCCUUCACAUAAAUGAGAUAAAAAGUAUAUAAAUAAUAUAUAGUACUAAAAUAUAGUACUAAAAAUUGUAUAUAGUACUAAAAAUAGUAAUUGCUUAUGAUAAAUCUCCCUAAGCUGUUUCAAAAUUAAUUCAUGUCAUAUGAUUCUUACAUAAUGAUAAUGACAUAGGUAUUUCUAUACAGGCUUCAGCCAAUAAUGAUUUUCAUGUGAAAACCAAAACGUUUUAUUAACCAGUGGAAUUAGAUGUAACCAAAACCAAAUUUUUGUGAACCCAGCUUUUAUCUUGGAAGUAUCGGCGUUUGCUAUUUCACUUUGCUGCUGCUACUUUGCUAGUGCUUGCUGCUCAGUGGUCUGUCUUCAAAUGUAUUUCAGUAUCUGUGCAGUUCCCGAAGAACAGGUGCACUUACUGCAUCAGUUUAUCUAUGUUUCUUUUAAAAAUGAUUUAUCAAGAAUAAGAAGUGUUCUAUCUGCCAUGACAGCAUCGAGUUUUUAAUGAACUGGCUGUCAUUGUUAAUAACUAUUCUAUCAACAUCUGUCUUCAACAUGCAUAUUAUUUCAUAUAUUAUAUAUAUUUGUGUGUGUGUGAAGGUAUAUGCACUAUCUUCUUCAUUUUCUAAUAAAAUUUGAAAUAAAGGGCUGAAAAAUAUUUUUUCUUAUUUUUCUGUAAAUGUUAAUGUUGAGGUGUUAUGAUAUCCUGUACCUUGUUUGACCAUUUUAGGUGCAACCAUGAGCACAAAUAUGCAUGCACAAUCUAAACCAGUGUAUUUUUGAAGUAAGGUGGAUGGAUAUAAGAAAAGAUAUGCAUAAGGGAUUUUUUUUUUUUUUUCUAUUCUCAGUUUUUCACUAUUUAUAUUGUCCUUCAGAUAAAGAGCAAGAACUAAGGAGGCACAGUGUUACUUUUUAGUCAUCUAAUAUGUUGAUUAUGGAGACCUUCAUUUGUAAUUAACUGUUUUGUUACAUAGUGUUCAAUUUUGCACAUUUAUUUAUUUAAGUAUGUAUUAGUGGAAAAAAAAUCAUCAAAAUUUAAUAUUUCUAUAUAAUGGGAAUCGCAAAGACUGCAGCUGUCAAGACCUUUCACGUCUGCUCAUGAGCUACAUGAGGUUCUAUAGUCACUUAAAUAUAACACGCAUGCAACAGACAGUAAUUUUAUUUCUGAAACAGAAAUGUUGUGAUGAUAUGGCUCUUUAUCAACUAGUAGCUUAAUUUCUUAUAUUACAUUAUGUGUUUAAUAAUUUAAUUGAUUUCAAACUGUCUAUUCUAUGCUAAUCGUCAUACUAACAGAUGAACUGACAAAAAUUCAAUUUCUGCAAGUUACAAUAAUGAUCAUGUUGGAACAGGUAUUGGUCAUUGAAGUAGACAAAAGAAUAAUGCUAAAAUGAUUUAAAACUAGUGCACUCUUUUUUUAUUAUUCUUGUGCUGUAUUUUAUUUUAGCACUUUCUUACCACAAACCUUCUUUGUAGUUCUUUUGCUUAGCCACAAUCUAUGUGUCUGAGAAACUUUGCUAUUCUGGUGUGUACAGUACUGUUUUCUUCCGGCUUCAGAUAGUGAGGAAACUCGAGAAUGGAAACUCUUAUAGGCAGAAAAAAUGCAGUCCAUACUCUGGUUAUUUCAGAUUGGGAAGUAUUUGAGGUCUAUUGAAUAUGUAUAUUCUGACACACAGCAUUUGGUCAGCAAAUUUAUCACAACUUACCCAUGGCCAUUCCUAGCAAUUCAGAGAGUUUCUAUGCAUGUUUUGUGUAAUGCUUGCAAUCACUCACAAAAAUAUGCUCAAAUAAAAUUUUUUCACCUGUAAUUCUACCUUUUAUAAUGAUUGUUUAGUAAUGCUAGGUGUAAAUCGUUAUUUACUUCAUUUGUGAUUGUGCAUGAUUGAAAUUUUGGGGAUCUUGAGGAGAAUGGACUUUACUGAAUUGAUCAUGAUUUCGGCUCUAGUUCAAAGUCUGUAACCCAGGUUUUACUAGGUUUUCAAGCUUUCAUCAAAUUUUCAUUUCAAUGAGAUUGCAUCAAGCGAUAUGGAGUAGUUCCUCCCCCUAAUUAAUUAUUAUUGUAGUAUAAUGAAUAAUUACUAUAUUAAUAUUAUUGUGUGAUUAUUUAUCAUUAUAAUUAACUACAAAAGUUAUAAUUUAUUAAAUAAUUACAAUUAUAUAAUUUGUGACCUUUUUAGUGGCCUUAUUUUUAAGAAUAAGGGAUUUUUUGUUUCUUAUUCAUGCAUUAAGUAUGUAUACUAUUAUUAUUAACAUUGAAAUUCUAUAAAAUAGGAAAAUAGUGUUUCUUGAUCACUGGGCUGCAAACAAAUAUGGAUCUUAGCAUUUAUUUCUGUGAAUAUCAGCAAACGCCAUAGAAAAUAUCUUAUAGCAGUAUGAUCAGAGGAGAUUUUUCCUCACUACAACAAACCAACGACUUUUAUUUCGCCCUUCAUUUAUGGGGUUGAAUAAUUUAGGCGUAUCGUGAACAAUUCUAAAUGUAUGGCAGAUUGUCAUAUAUUUGUAUGAGCAUGUUCAAAAUUAACUGAAACAAAUUAUGAUUAAUCAUUAUAUUUUACUUACCUCUAGAACAUUCUCAUUUAUUAAAUAAAAGAAUAAGCAAUAAAAAAAUUUCUUUUAAUUAAAAAAUAAGAAAAUUAUUAAUGAAAUUUUUGCAUAUAACAUUUGUGAUUUAAGGAAAAUUUCAAAAUGCAUCAUUUUGCGAAAAUGAAAGUUUAUAAAUGGAUUUUGUCAUUUAGUGAAUACAGUAUUUUAAAAUUUUACUUUCAUAGUUUUAAAUUUGUAAUAGCUUUGAUUAGUGUUUUGGAGGAAAUCUCCUCUCCAAGAAAUGGUGUAAAUAUCUGAACUUUUAAUUACAUAUUGACUGCUAUGAUUACUGUGAUAAUUGAAUUUUAUAAUGAGUCAAUGUCUUUGAAAUUUAGAAGUCCAUCCAGUACAUAAACAAGCUACAAAAUAAGGUAGAUUGCCCUGAUUUUGUAUGCAUAUUUUGUAUGUAAUUGCUUCAAUUAAAUUGCAUCAAGACAUCAAUAAAUUCAUAAUAAAAGUUUAACUUGCUUUUUGAUUUAAUUUUGUGUUUCAUCGAAAUAAUCCAUCUAUACUUUACCUUAGAAAAGUGCACAGUGUUCUAGAGAGAAUAUUUUAUAAGCAUUUUAGAGGAAAUGUAGUUCUACAUACAGAAAUAAAUCUAAUAUGUGUAAUAUUUUGUAUUUGUAUAAAUAUAAAAUGUUAUUGCUCCAAACUGGAGUAUAUAUUUAAAGUUAUAUGGAUAUUUAUUACAUAAAAUUGUAUCAGCUUUUUAAAAAUUUAGUUUUUAUAUGAGAAGCCAUUGAAUACAGCUACAAAAUUAUGACUGUUUUCUUAUUGUAUGAGCAAAAAAAUUCUUUUGCAAUUAUUUAAUAAUAAUUACAUUUAUUUAUAAUUUUUUAAUAAUUCUCAUUCUUUAACUCAAUUAGUUGAAAUAAUUUUCUAUUUUUCAAAAUGCUAGCCAGUUUUUUAAUUGUAAAUAUAGAUUUUCAAGGCUAUUCUAAAAUUUCAGAAAUCGAAAAAGUUUUUUCUAAUAAGCCACUUUUUUCCCCUCAAGUAAGAGUAAAACCUAAUAAUAAAAAAUAACCUAAUAAAUAAAAAAAUCUCAAUAAAUUUUAACUCUUUUAUAUAUUUUCCUUAUCAGGUCUCCAGCUACAAAUUUGUUGUAUUUCACUUUUGUGAUAACUGAUGUAAUGUUAUUGUUUAUCUGGAAUGAAAUUCAAACAUUUUUGUAAUCUUUCAUUAUAUUGUUAAAACAUUGAUAUCUUAAAUAAUUCAAUAUGUACUUUGUUAUUUUAAUUUUAUCUGAAAUGUGAAAGUCUGUAAUGAACAUUUUGGAACUCAUUUUAACAAUAUUUAUUAAAUAACAAAAUUAUCUUAUCAUUUAUGUUUACAUUGUUAAAUUUGUAAACUCGUUUUGUGCCAUAUUUUCUAUAUGUAAUUUAUUUCUGUAUGUUCAUGGUAAUUGCUGUUUUGAACGGAUGCUUAGUUAUUUAAAGUUAUUCUAUUUGAGACAUAUUCUAAUAAGAAAUAAAAUAUCGCAUUUUUUUCUAAAGAUAUAUGUAAAUAUAAAAAAAUGUUAAAUUUAAUGCUUAAUUUUUUUUUUUUUUAUUUUUGAAAUUUUAUUUAGAAAUUCAUCAGACUAUUUCUAAGGGCUAAAAUUCUUAAUAAUUAGAAUAAUUUAGAAUUCCUGAAAAAAUAGUUCUACUUUAAAUGAAACAAAAUUAAAGUAGGACUUGCAAACCUUUAGUGUUAUAUGUAAAUAUUUGAUGAAUUAGAAGAUUUAAUAUACUGUAUGACAGUAUUAAGGGUUAUCAUGAUCAAAAAAGGGAAGAAAAAUUAACACAUUAAAAAUCAUGUAUUUUUUUUUUUUUAAUUGAGCAUACUUAACAACUUGUCAGGGGCAAAUUAUAUUUCUUUUCAAAAAGAAUGAAAGAUUAAGUAACUAUAUGAACCCUAUAAAUAGUUGUAACCAAAGCACAUGUAUAGGCCGCUUCAGGCAUAGCAGGUGACCUUCCUGUAAACUGUAUUGUUUGCUUGUGCCUAGGAUGCCUGCUCAUCAUUGAACAUUGUCAGUGCUUUAGGAAAUUCAAAAGUGUAAAACUUCCUCAGUAUCUGUACCUUGGCAUCUUUUUUAAAAAAUCUUAUACUUCUCAUAUCUCUGUGAAAAGUUAGUUGGAAUAAGCAUUGCUUGAGCUUAUAUUAUUAUCUUGACUGAGCUCAUAUCAUUAUAUUUAUAAAAAUGCUAAGAAAGAAAAUUCUUUAAUUUUAAAAAUGCUUAUUCAAUAACAAAAACAAGUUAUCCUUCUAAAGAAAACAGCAAAAAAUGAAGGGGAAGAAGAGGCUAACAAUCCAUUUUUAACUUCUUUUUCUAUUUAAAAUCAAUGAAAAGCCCUUCAGCAUUUAACUUCUUCAUUGGAUGUUCUGAAUUCUGGUACUUGCUAAAUUCUUUUCAGAAGAUUAUGUAUAUGAAGAUUAUGUAUAUGUAUGUAUAUAGAAGAUUAUGUAUAUGAAGCAGACAACACACAGUAACUAAAGAGGUUUAAAUGGGUUUUGUACAACUCCAUGCCAUGCAGCACAGCCUCUUGAUACCCAUGAAUCCAAGGAGAAGAUACUGAGUUUUGAACCUCUACCAAAAGCACGAAAACUGAGAUUCCAGUAAAAUAAACACGGGGCACAACUGGGAGGCAGUAGCUCCUUAUACACUAGAUGUGCUGUCUCUGUCAGAUUUGAGUUGCAUGCAGCUUGAACAUGUAGAUGAGCAUUAGCGUCUAUAAAUAUGUAAGAAUUUUCUAACUGUAGUUAUCUGAAAUAUGUCACAUGAUUUCAGAAGUUCUUUCAUAUAACUUACUGCACCAAUGAAUCAUUUCUGAUAGCAUAAAGAUCAGAAAUGAUUCAUUAGAAUCUUUAAAAUUCUUCAUAAUUAUCAUGAUUACAAUAAUUAUGAAGGUUUUAUAAUUUUUACAUCUGAAAGUUUUAUAGUUUUGAUAUCUGAAAAACUUUUGGCUGUUACAUGAAGCUGUUUUUUAAUGAGACCAAUGAACUGUAUCACAACAAACAUAUCAUGCUAAGACUAAAAAUCUUUAUGCAAAUUAAUAAAAUCUUUUCAGAAGAUUAUGUAUAUUAAAAAAUAAAGUCAAACAUAAUAACAGUUUUAAAAAUAAAUUGUACAUAUAAUGAAUGAUACAAAUAUAAGAGAACUGUCAUGUAUCAAAAUUGGCAUGCAUGUUUGUAAUUUGCCAUUACUGCCGUAGGUAUUUUUAAUUUGAAGAUUUUAAUACUAGUCAUACGUAGAAUUAAAAAUUUUCACUACACAGUAUUUUUAAUAAUGUUUAAUGAAAUUUUUCAUACAAAAACUACAUUAUAUUUUUGUAAUAAUGAGUAAUAUUUUUUAAACAUAGAAAAGUCUUUAUAUCUGCUAAGUUUUUUGAAUUUUUGUCACAUGUGUUCAUACAGUUUGGAGAAAGCAUAUGAACCUUAGUAAAAAAAGGGCCAAUGUCCAUUUUGAAGAAAUUGCUGCCUUAGUUUCAGCAAGUUUUUUGAAUCAUCUGGGGUGUAUGCAAUCAAAACAAAUUUUUUUCCAAGGCUUCAUUUCUCAUCGAUACUUAAAAAGGUAUGUUGUUGCUAAUGCUCACUUGUCUGACUUAUAGUCAGCCCAAGCCGACAAAAUUCCUCGUGGCAAGACGCGAAAGUUUACGCCUGUUGCUGGUAACAGCUUUGAGCACCUUACAGGUGGCAAUGCGAUUUAGCUUAGUUCCACUCCCAAUUUUGAUGCACAGCACGCCGGUGGGUCUGAGGGUCUCCCACCCCUCUUUCCCUAAAACCAACUUCUAGAGAGAACUUUCAGCUCGCCCUAUAUUUAGAGUGCCCUCAUGCCGCACAGACACAUUUACAAACAUCCAUGCCUUCUCCAGAAUUCAAACGUGGGAACUUCAGCACGGCAGUCAGCGGCAUUAACCACUAUACCGGUUGGGCGGCUGAAAAGGUAUGUAUUUGAUUAAUAUAAAGCACACACCACUAAAAAUAAUAUUUCAUUUAUAUGCACAUAUCAUAUUAGUUUCUUGUAAAUCGGUCUAGAUUAGAAUUUAAUAGGGGAGUAAAAUUGGCAAAAUUAUGAUUUUAACACAAAUGCAGUAUUCUUCAUAAAUUCAACAUUUUGGUCAUUGCUCUUUUUCUACAAAGGCACAAAUAUAUUCACAUGCAUUAUUUCUAAAUUAAUGAGUGAAUAAAUUCAUGAAUAAAAGAUACCUUUAAAACAGCUUGCAUUUAAUUUUGCUUGCAUAUGUCAAAAGAUAUUUUUGUACUUCUGAAAUACGAAAUGUCUGUUUUAUAAAAUGUGUGAUAAAAAUCAAUCAUUUUGUUAAAA